AUGAGCCUUGCACUUUUCGAGUUCCUAAACCGGGCUAGCGAGGACCCCAAUCUUCCUAGCAUGGUUGCCAUUCCUCCUGCGGACUUCUUGCUGGAGCAAGCCUGGAAGGAACCGUACGUUUUCCGCUUCAUCUCCCCUCCCUCUCCCCCCACCGCCACCGUGCAGAGGAACAGGGAGAGAGGGGCCAAAAACUCGUCUUCCUCGACGACCAUGGCAACUGACUUCGGCCGUCGGGGUUCCAUCGCGGCGGGUUCGAACCCCGAGCAGCAGUUAAUCCUGCAGCCAGGAUCGAAGAGCAUGGCCGCACGUCCGUGCAGUGGCUCGCCGUGCCCGAGCUUCCACAACCUUUCUCGGGGAGGUGCCCCCGCAGGGGGCAGGUGCAUCUUAAACCCGCAGAGUCCCUUUCUGCCAGCCCUCACCGAGCAAGGCUGGCCGACGACGCUGCGUCAGCUCCGUCUGUACGAGGUGGGGUGCGCCACCCUGUGGAAGCCCGCUCCUGUGCAGCCUUCGACAGCGCAGGAGGCGGCCGGGCGGCAGCCCUACCGCGAGGCGGUGCACAUGACGCGCUGGGAGAUCCCUUCCACCGUGCUCGCGCUUGAGCGCUACCAGCUCAUCAGCAUUCCGUACACCAAGCCGGACCCUGCCCCCGCCUUUAUCGACGCGGCCGGAGACACAACGCUGAAUCUCCUGAUGCUUCUCGGGUGUAAAACGAACGAAAGUGAGCACGGCGGUGCGCGAGAGGACGACAACCGCGCCGAGACCUGCCAGGUCCUUCGGCCUGGUCAGUUGACCGCGGUGGAACAGCGCGGGGCGAAGGUGGUGGCGACGUUAUGCCGCGUUAUCAGCACCUCCGGUGGCAUCCCCCCCACCCCUGCCGUAUCGACUGAAAACCUCCUUGGCAUCUUCGAAGGCGUUCUGCGUCAUACAUUCUUCUACUCCUCCCUCCCACUGUUGGGAGUAAACCCGGACUGGCGACUGGAAUCCUGGCAGAAGACGCUACUGAUGGAUGUCUGCGAGGCCUCUCACUCGCACGGUGGGCUGACGACGGGAAAUAACAGCUACUCCGAUGAUCUGCCGCCGCUUUGUGUUGAAGGUAAUACGCAGGAGGUGGAAUUGCAAGAUCCCUUGAUGACCGCCGUGAUCGAGCCCUGGGGUGCCCCUGCGAAUCUCUCCACCACCACUCUUCAGGAAAACGGUAAUGAAAAGGCGAGUUCGAGCACGGUGCCGGUCCCCGUGGCGCGCAGCUCGGGGCAGCGAGAGGAAGAGUGGUUGGUGGCGGCCCCACGAACGGAGCCGAGAAGGCCAGUCGGAUUAAGCUCCAGCAGCAAUCUUACCCAAUGGAGGCAUACCGCCCUGCGUCGGAUGCUAAGGAACGACGUUUACGGCCCGGAAGUCAAGGGAGGUUGGCGGAUCUGGACGCGGGCCUGCAAGGAAGGCCUCAGCCGCCCCCUCAUCAUCAACUCGAUCGACGAGAUCGUGAACUUCUGCGGGUGCUCGCGCAACGCCUUCUACACUGCGGUGGCCUACCUCGACCGGUUUGUCGCGCUGGCGACCGAUCCGGUUGCGAGCUGCCGCAACUUCCUAGAGAGCGUCUUCCAGGGAGGAUCCGGUGGGGGCGGCGGGGGUGGGGGAGGAGGAGGAGCCUCCGCCGCGUCGCUAUCAACGUUUAACAUCGACUACCAGACGCUGUGCACCUACCUCACCCAGGUGAUCGCGGCCUGUGCGAUGCUGGGCUGCAAGUUCGUGGAGACCUACCCGCCCCGGGUGAACAAGGUCUUGAUGUGCCUCCAGGCGGAGUCCCGCCUCUCGCAGGAGGACUUCUGGAUGCUGGAGAUCCACGUCUUGUCAACGCUGCGCUACCGGCUGCAGCCCGUGACGGUGAGUGAGCUGGUGGAGACGCUGCUUUGCUUCGGCGGCGGCGACGGGCUGGAGCGGGAGUGUAGUGUGGAGUACUACACCCAGCUCCUCCACGGCCGCGCCCGGAGUGAGCCCCACCUCGCCCCGCAGGUCUACAAGCGCAUCCUGCAGCACCGGGAGUGCGCCUCGCGGUAUGCCUCGGCUGAGGGCGUAGCCGCGGAAGACCCUCGAGCAUCCCAGCCGGCCUCCACGUCCGGCGCCGGAUCUAACCGCUCAAAAUGGCAGCAGCUUUGCAUGCUGGCGCGGUUCAUCUGCGAUAUGAUGAUCCGCGGCUCGCCAUCGGCGAACUCCAGCCGUGGCGGCAACGCCACCCACGGCGGGGUGGAAUCGAGCGUGAGCUGCUUUUUGGACAUCCCACCCUCGCUUUUGGCGGUGGCGAUCGUCGUCGUGACGGCCGAGGUGCUGCGGACACCGCUUCCGGAGCCGCUUUUCGCGCUGUUGCCGCCCUCUUACCAAGCCCAGCUCCAGAGGUACGGGCUGGGGGCCGCAACGAGGCCCUUUUCUGCGCGAACCGAAGAGGCCGGCGCGACCCUUUCUCGGUCCCCCUCCGCCUCCGACGCCGCCGCGGCGGACCACACAACCCCUAGCAACGGCGAGUUGGAGAAUGGGAAGCUUCCACAAGGCCAACCAUCGUCGUCAUCGAUAGGUGUAGCCGCUCAGGAGGAAGAACACACGCUUUCUUCUUCGAUAUGCUUAUUUCCAGUCUCCAUACAUGAUGACACCUAUGCCCUUCUUCAAACCUACUGCGAGAUGGUCAAGUCAAUGCCUUACUCGAAUUUUAGCAAAUCUUCGCCCCUAGCACCUGAAACGGACGGCGGCCGCUAUCGGGGCCAGUACCAAAACAUGCUGAUGCUGGCGAUUGAGGAAGUGCAUCGAUGUUACCGUGAGUGCCGCGAGACGCCGUGCGACCCUAUUCUUCGGAAGCGGUAUCGAGACAUGUUCUCAACCCAGGUAAAAUAG